AUGUGCUUAACUUAUUUCUUUGCGUUUGCAAUAGGGACUUUGCAUUUGUUCAUUGUUGCAAAUGUAGAAAGCAAAAUAAUAAUCCAAGAUUCAGUACGUAAAGAAAGUUAUAAAUAUUCUGCGCUAAAAGAUGACAAACAAUUACAAGAAGGUCAGCUUAAUUACAAUUUAGUGGUGCGUGAUUCACAAAUGCCACGUUAUGGUUCGUGUUGGAAAAAUGCUUUAAAGGAAUUAGAACAUGGAUGCAAACAUCUAACAGAUGACUUACAAAGAUUUCUGGCUCUCAAGUUUACUAACUGCUUUCUUGAAAAAGUUGGACAAACUACAUAUCCAUGUGAAAACGAUGAAGAUAUAAGUGUUUGCCUAAGCCAAAUGAAUAAUAAUGGUUUUACAGCAUUCACUAACUUUUUCACACACACUCAGAGCAUGUGUUAUUUUCUCCAGACACAAGUGUGGCAAGAAGAAACAGAGAAUACAGUUGCAAAGUUAACAGAUAACUCCAUAAAGGUUGUGCAGACACUAGAGGAUACUAAUGAAUUACAAGAUGCAAUCCUAGAAGCUCAAAGGAAAUCUCUUUUUCAACAAGAACGUCUUUUAGAAAGUAGUUCACAACUUGGAAUAGCACUUGACAUGUCAAAAGACAAUGUAAAAGAUAUGCUAGACGAGUUCAGAUUAUCAACCAAUGAACAAAGAAAUAUGAUUUUUGAAGUCUUCGAUCGACUUUCGAAACUUCAAAAUCUUGUUUUAGGAGAAGUGUCCGGAUUCUAUAGCCUAAUAUUCUACCCAACAGCUUUGCUGACGGUUUAUUUACUGACAUCAACUUCUCGCACUGCCGCGGCCCGCUUUUGGUUGUUCGUUCUUUUUGGUUGCAGUUUAGCAUUGGAACGAUGUAUUGUCCAUUUGACCGUUUCCGACGACUGUGCAUACGUGCCAGCUGAUGAAGCAUCUAAAGAAAUGUAUUGGAGGAUAUGGCUUGUGAGAAAAUCGGCCAUGCUGUUUUGCGUUGUGUUGCUUGCCCAUUUCGCUUACAAAUUUCAGGACUACAACCUUAUUAACAAUACUCUGUUGAUGCAAAUUCAGCGGCAAAAUUUGGAGCUGAAAGGUUAUUUUGAAAGUAUGGGUGGCAUAGGGAAUUCGAAUUUGUUGUCGUCUGAUGUAAUCGACUUCGAAAAGAAAAAGUUCAACGCCGAUUUCUCUGAUAGCUCGGAUAGUGAAUUUUCCUACGAUUCCGAAGCAAGUGAUGGAACCUAUGUUCCAUCCUCAGACGAUGAUGCAUUUAUCACAGCCAAGUCUCGGUCGUCCAGUGUCGUUCCCAGUCCGGAAUCUAUGCUCCAUGUUUCUUUUGAUGAAAUUAAAAAGGAGAUCAAAACUGAAAGACCUGCUUUGCGCUCAAGUCGAAGUAGCCGUUGCAACACGCCAGCAAUUCAGUCUGCCUACAAUCUCCGAAGUCGCUCGAAUCUUCGCCCUCUAAAUACGUCUAACAUGAGUAACGAAGUAAACAAUGAAAGUCCAGAGGUUUUUGGUCGUAAAGUAAAAGAGAUGGAGCGGAUUACACGACAUAACGCCCGCCAGAUCAUUCAAUCAGUUAAGAAAACUACUCCUUCCUACUUUUCUUCCGAUGAUGAAUGCCUUUAAGGUUUUCAGCUUAAAAUGUUAAAUUCUAAUUAUAUGCCAACCCACGCCUCUGCAAUCCAUUUACUUUUAAGCGCAAAAUUUAAUUUUAUCUUGGGAAUUCAAAGUUUAUGUCCCAUAUUUAUUUUAUUUCUAACGAUGGCAUCGAAGAAAAUGCUUCAAAUAACGAUCAUUUAUUCAUAUUAAAUGUAGAUAUGUCUCAUCUCAACAUUCAAAUAAUAAACAACAAUAUUUUUAAAAUUUA